UCUCAGAUUUUGACGACUUAUCUGAUGACUACCCAAGCCGCAGUUUAAAUUGCGAAUUUUGAAAGUCUUCUAAACUGGAACAAAAAACAUCCAUUGCUCCGCUGACUCCUACAACAUUCAUCGCUACCCUAUGUCCUCGAUCUGCUCCGAGGAGCUAAUCACAUAAUGUAAGCAACGCUAGAGCUACAAUGACUAUUGGUGCCAGGCCACACCUGCUGAACGUUUUUCAGUGUCAUUGUCUGUCACACAAGUCUAUAACAUUACCUGUCAUCGGAUGAUGGGAGUAUUAUCCGCAAGCGUUCCACGACUUCACAACGUCAGAGUUUGAUCAUGUCGCUUUGGCGACGGAGUCAUUUGUGCUUCCUCUUUGGAAGAGAGAGAUGUCUCGGGAACUAAUUAAGGAUGAAUCGGUGUUUGGAGAAAGAUAUCAACGGCUUUUCUGUGAUUUUAGCUAUUGUUGGAUUGUAUUUUCAACUUUGCAAAGUUGAUGGUCUUAAGUGUGUCCAGUGCAGCACUAUGGUACAGAAGGGCAGACAAGUAUGUCUUACCGGAAAUGUUGAACCAAUCAAUUGCACAGACGCAAAUCAAACUUCCUGUAUCAAGUACGAAGGUGUUCUUAAUGGCAUGAAGUUCGUUUUCCGGGACUGUGACCAUGGAGACUCUGCGGAUCAAUGCGACGAACGGGACAUAGCAGAAGAGAAGGUGAGCACAUGCUCGUAUAGAUGUUUCCAAGAUGGCUGUAACGCCGCCUCAAUUUCCAUAACCGAUCCGUUCGCCAGUGCAGUGUCCAUUACAAGCACUUUGCUAUUGACUUUAACGUAUCUCAACUGAUGCAAGGAUCGGUCUUAAUCUCCUUCAGGGACGCCAUUCCUGAUUGAUGCGGAAGAUUUCGAUAAACCGUCUUCUAACAGACAGCCGUUAGAUUACAAUCAAGUUGAUGUCUCAACAAAAUUUUGAGAGAAAAAUUAGGUUAAAUGCUUCAAGUGCAAUUCCUGACACGGACUGGAAAUGUUUCCCUCGUGGCGUAUCGACCGUUAAACAUCAUGUGCAGUUUGGAUGUUUCAUUCCUUUAAAUGAAUUUGUUACUUCGUAAUAUUAUGUGUAUUUUGAUGUGAAUGUACAGCGUCAUUUUAGCCCGCAAUUCAUCAAAAAGGACCAAUUUAUCACGUGUAACAUGUAUACUUAACCAUCAGCAUUAUUUAGAAAUAUGUGUAAAGUUCUAAAAUUCCCAAAUAAUCUCAAAGUAAUCUCGGUCACGUUUGCAUCAAUGCACAAGUAGCUAUAUUUCUGAUUCUGGUGUAUCAAGUUGUUCUGUAAACAUUUAUAUACAAUGUAGCUUAGCAAGGAUAUUUCCCUUUCUCUGUCUUGUAUGCAUUUUAUCAAUAUUAAAUUUGUACGCAUAUAUACGUAAUAUUAUGUAUAUGUAUUUAUUUCCAAAACAUCCAUCUAAGAAAAUCAAGUGAACUUUUUGUUGACAAUUAGAAAAUGAUAUUAUCAUAAUUAUCUGUGUUGUUUUAAAAGUGAUCACUCGAUUAAUUUCUAGGAAUAUUUUUUAACAUACUAAAAAUGAAAAUAAUAUAGCAAUAUUCACUAUUUGGUCCUUUUUUCUAAACUAUUCACAUAAUUUUGUUAUGCAUUAAGCAAAUUUCUCGAAUGUUGUUAAAUAAUAAAGCAAACAAUAUGGACGUUUAUAUCGGUGAGCAGGUGGUCAUAUUAAUCUAAAAAAUAUGUCGUCAUUUCGGUUGAUAUUUGAUUUCAAAUAUUUCCCUUAAUCAUAUACAGUUUUAACAAAUAGGAUCUAAAAUAUUUCCUCAAAAACAUGGUGUUUUAAUUAAAACUAUCUGCAAUAAAAACAGUAUACGACAUUCUUUUACCAUGAAUGUUGUGCGAGAAAUGUAUUUUGCUAAUGUCGAUAUGAUAAUAAUGAAUUGGCGGGAAUGCAAUCGUCAAUAUCUCCAGAAUUAUGAUAUGUAACGGGAAAACAAAAACUAAUUUUGAAUAAAAAAUAUACAGAAUUUAUUGAAAUUAAGUCAUUUCCCAAAAACUGGACGUAUACUUUUCACGUGAAUUUCGCAGUACAUUAUUUUGUUAAGAUAACUAUGUCCAUUAGCAUUUUCUACAGUUUAUAUGGUAGACAUACGGGUCAGUAAUUCCAAUGCUACCCAAUCAGGGUCAUUGGAAGAAUCAUCCAAAUGACAUUGAUUGCAAUCAUUGAACUUGCUGCUCCCUGAUUGGUUAGUUUGCCACGUAAAAAUGUUGAUUGACAUCAAAAUAUCGUUCUGUACAGUACGAUCCUAUUUCAAGUGUCACUGUUGGUCACAACCCAUAUUUAAGUAUAUACUUCAAACAGGAAAAUAUUACACUUGAAGUUCAUUAAAACGACAUCAUUAAAUCAAUUCGCUCAUCUCAUGUGGUAUGUAUAGUUCUACCAUUGUAGUUGUUUGUUUUCUAAAAUUUGAAACAAACAUUAGGACAGUGAAAACAUUUAUCUUAAAUGGUAUACGAAGGUAUUUGAAAUAGAUUUUUACACAUUAGAAAUUAUUUCACAAAAUGUCAUCAUCAUUUCGGAGAUUACGUUGAGAAAAUAAUACCAAACUUUUUAUUCUGCCUGCCUUAAGGAAAACGUUGAAUCAUGUCUGAUGCUGAUGUAAAAUAUUGCCUUUGAACCUUGCGGUUCAAUACCUACUUUCUCGCUCUCGUGUUAUCUUUUAUGUAGUAUGGACCUGUCUAAUAGAAAGACCUGUAAAUUAUGAACUUUCAUUACAUGUCUUUGUUCGGUUAUUACAGGUUCCACUGUAAAUACGUUGUACACGUUUUGUUUUGGAUUAUGUUCACAUUAUUGUGACAUCACCGAGCCUUGAUAUUCCAGUCCCGGGUAAGCACGAUUGUCCAUUUACCAGACAACGAUAAGUUAGCAUGUUGUUCCAUUCCUAUCAAUCUGAUUAAUUAUUAGAUUUGUUUCAUAAUGUGGUGCAAAAACGAGACUGGAAUAUCAAAGCUCUACUCACAGGCUUUAAUUCGAAUUUAUUUCACUUCUAUCCUCCAUACACACCCUUUUGGGAUUUGAGUAAGAUUUCUACGGUACAACACAGCGAAUCGUCCAUAGAAAAUCGCACACGCGGUCGACAAGCGAUACCUCAACAUGGCAUGAAAAUGUAUGGUUUACUGUUAACUUAUAUAUUUUCAUGUACACCAAUUUUGGCGCGUAUAUGAAUUUAAACACAUUUGCACAAUGUUGAAUUCGCACAUCAUACAGAAACUGCAAUAAGCACAGGGGAAAUUUAUUAGAAGGCUUUCAGCAAGAAAACAUUAAAUUUUGGACACCAAUGAAAUAUGAAUGCUUAGAAUGACCUUCACGAUCACGGAAUUCUCGUUAAUCAAGAUUCUCUCGGUGCUUCAAUCCAACCACAGCAACUGUGAUCAUUAUAUAAGUUGAUAAUAUUUAUUAUAUAGUCAUUCUUGAAUAGACUAUACAAUUGAUAUUUGAAAUAUUAUUGAAGAAAUAAUCACUAUACAAUGUAGUAUUGGUAGAAUUUUUGCACAAGUCCUGGAUGUAUCGGUGAAAUUAUUUGAUCCAAUGCCAAGUUGAUUAUCUGUGAUUAUAUACGCAUAAUGUAUUAUUUUAAUUAAUAUCACCUAACAACUUCUGUACUAAUGUUAUGUUGACCUUGUACUGUAAAUAAAGUUUCUUUUCAAAGUUUCA